AUGACAGAUAAAAUCCCGCCGUUCCCGCAGAUCGAGCUCACGCCCGAGGAGCAGGCGCGCUACGACCGCAAUGUCACCUCGUUCCUGUGCGACGCCGUGGCCGAGUACUCGUCCCAGGGCGGCCACACGAACGAAGACUAUUGGAUCCACGUGCGCCGACGCGGCCAGCUGAACAUCUACAAAAGCGUGUACGGCACGAGCGACCCACAGGUGACGCUGUUCAAAGGUACGGGACUGAUCCACGGCCCCGUGGAGGACGUCAUGGACGGACUCUACUGCGACACCACGGACGACCUCCGUGCCUGCAAGACGCUGCUCAAGUACAAGCUGGUCGACGGCGCCAUUAUGAACGUGACCGAGUCCCGCAGCGCCGAGGCGCCCUACCGUUUUGCAGGUAUCAAGUGGUUCGCUGGCAAGGCCGCGUGGGGGCUGUCCAAGCACCGCGACGUGCUGGCGUACGAACGCAUGGGCACGACCACAGACGCCAAGGGCAACGAGCUGGCCUACCACGUGCUGCACUCGAUCGACCACCCGGACUGGCCCAUCGACGCAAUCAAGGGCAUCAAGCGCGAGCACCAGGUCACGUGCUUCCUGUACCGCAACCGCGACGAGACCAACGUCGAGUGCUUCAUCUGGUCCACCGUGUACAACCUGGACUCGGUAGCACAGCGUCUCGCCGAGUACGUCGUAGCCGGCACGCUCCUGAACGUCACGGACUGCGUCAAGAGCGCGCGGGCCAAGAAGUACUCGCUGCUGAUGAAGCACGCGCAGAACAACAAGUGGCCGGCCAGCUCGCUGUGCCACAUCUGCUACGGCCGGUCCUUCAUGUCGACCAACCGGCCGUGCGCAGGCUGCUUCCAGAGCGUGUGCAAGUCGUGCUCGGACUACCGCUUCAUCUACCACAUCGACGCCAAGACCGGCCGGCCGCACCAGCAGCGGUUCUGCAAGCUCUGCAUCAACAACACAGUCAUCAUCGACGCGCUCAACUUCGAGGCGUGCAUCAAGAAGGGCCGCAACGCGAACGCCGACACGGACACGGAGGUGGAGCCCGUCGCCCUCCGCGGGCCCCGAUCCACCUCCAGCCGCCAGAACGCACUCAAGCUGUCGGCCAAGAGCAACGUCAACUCCAAGUCCGCAGCGGAGACGAGUUUGAGAUCCAACUACCUCGACUGGGCCAGCGACUGGAGCAGCCAGGACGACGACGACCCCGAGUACCUCCGCGAGCGCAGUGCGGCCGGACGGGACCGCACCACGAGCAAGAGCUACCGUAGCAACCGUAGCAACCGUAGCGACGAGGUGUCGCUGUCGGAUCUGGAUUCCGAGGACAAGUUCUCUCCGUACCCGGCCAACCCUCAGUCGCACAGGCAGCAGACGGAAGGCCGCAACAAGCGCGUGCAGGAGAACCGAGUGCAUAAGAAGAAGUAUGAGUCGCCGCUGGACCAGUACGCGGCACCGUCUCGACAGUAUGAGCCCAACUACGUGGCGCAGCGGUACCCGGCCCCGUUGCCCCCUUUCCGGUCUCCGUACACGACUUCCGAGUCCAAGACGCUGAGCUCGACCGGUAGCUGCACUGUUCUCUCGAGCGAUAGCGACGACGGAGCGGAGGUGGCUGCUCUACCGCUCACCGAGUCGCAUUUGAGUCUGGGCCUGAGCCAGUUCGACCUCGGAGUCGUGGAGGCCGCCCCCGUCGCCGAAUUCGACAACCUCGACCUGAGCAUGUACUCGGACGAUGGCCACCGCCCGCAGAGCCGACGAGCUCCUCGGUACGGACGCACCAGCCACACAGACAAGGACGGCUUCCUGUCGGACCUGUAUUCGCUGUCCCGCUCGAGGAUUCACGGCGAACAAUAUUAA